ACAUUUGUCAUGGGAUAAGUGGCCGAGAUAUCUGCUGGCUCAGUCGUUUGGAGUUCGGAAUUGAUAAGUUAGAUUUUUGUUUGGUGACCUCUGAUCUUAAUUAUGUUGGUCAUUUUGAUAGAGUUACUUGGUGGGUGUACAUGUAGAUUUGACUGAAUUGAGAGCCCGAGAAGUAUAAGUUGAUACUUUAUUCCUUGCUAAAAAUUUGCAGUGAAUGACUCAUAUUAUUUGAACAGUGAAAGGUGCAGCGAGUAAUGGGUGUAACCGGUAAAGAUGGUGCACAUCUACCCGCCCGACUAGGUCCUAGCAACGUCCAUGCCGGGAGGAUGUUUGCUCACCAGGACUCCCUUGCCAGGCUACCUAUUCCUCCAUUGCAGCAAACACUGUAUAAGUACCUGAUGGCAGUCAAACCUAUCAUCAGUCCAGAAGACUAUGAAGUCACUAAGAAGAUUGUAGAUGACUUUGGGAAGCCAGGCGGGGUAGGUCAAGAUCUUCAGAUGGGUCUGAUAAACAGAGCUAAGAAAAUGGAGAAUUGGUUAUCAGACUGGUGGUUGAAAGUAGCCUACCUGGACUACAGGUCACCGGUCAUCGUCAACGUCUCACCUGGGGUCGUCUUUCCCGAGUUGUCUGAGUUCAAAGGUCGUGAGGGGCAACUCAAACAGGCAGCCACGCUUAUAAAUAGUGUCAUGGAUUUCAAGUACUUAAUUGACACUCAAUCCGUUCCAGUCGACAAGAUGGCUGGUCAACCUCUAUGCAUGGAUCAGUACUAUAAGAUUCUAGCUUCGUGUAGGAUACCAGGUCCUAAGAGAGAUGAAGUUAAAAUCUUCCCACCCACCCUGUCUAAUGCUCCAAAGCACAUCAUCAUUGCCUACAACAAUCAGUUCUAUAGUGUUGAUGUACUGAGACCUGAUGGGAAACCUUACAGUCUAAAUGACAUCUACGCCCAGCUGAAAUACAUCGUCAUGGCGACCCCUGUGCCUGCUGUACCGGUCGGCAUUCUCACCACUGAGCACAGGAAUACAUGGGGAAAGAUCUACAAGAAAAUGAAGAAAGAUCAUGUGAACAAGGAUUCCUUUGAGAAGAUAAAGCGUAGUCUCUUUCUUGUCGCUCUGGAUCAGGAUGAGAGGCCGGGUGAAGAUGCAAGCGAUAUCGUCAUGAGAGGGCGCCAGUCGCUGUAUGGUGGCGGCAGUAUGAUCAGCAGUGGGAACAGGUGGUUUGAUAAAACAAUACAAUUCUGGGUUGGUACAUCAGGUUGCAUGGGUUUAACCUAUGAACACUGUACUGCAGAGGGCCCUCCUAUAGUAGCUAUGGCUGAUCAGAGUCUAAGCAAAAUGAAUAAUCUAGUAACAGAUUUUGGAUCAGACACAUCCAAUCCACCUAAACCAGAGCGUCUUGAUUUUAACAUCAGCCCUGAUAUUGUAGAAGCUAUAGAAGAAGCUAAACACAGCGUCGAUGUGGCGCAUACAGAUCUUCAAGUAAGUCUUUUCCAGUUCAAAGAAUUUGGUAAGAACUUUCCCAAGUCACAACGUCUCAGUCCAGAUUCCUUCAUCCAGAACGCACUGCAGUAUACAUUCUUCAAAUUGUAUGGCUACUCUACAGCUACCUAUGAGAGUGGAUCGUUACGCAAGUACAAGUUUGGUAGGACGGACACAAUCAGAUCAGCAACCAUCGAGUCGGAUCAGUUUGUGCGAGGAAUGUGUGACCCUACUAAAACACCAAGCGAGAAGGUGAUGCUACUAAGGAAUGCCAUUGCAGCACACAAGCAAUAUACAAACGAUGUUAUCAAUGGUGAUGGGAUAGAUAGACACUUACUAGGCCUGAAGCUGAUUGCCAUAGAGAAUGGUGCCAAUGUUCCAGAUAUCUUCAUGGACACAGCAUUCACAUCAUGUACUCAUUUUAGGUUAUCUACCAGUCAGGUUCCUGCCAAGCAUGAUCUUACCAUGUUGUUUGGGCCGGUUGUUCCCGAUGGGUACGGUAUCUGCUACAACCCCCAGGAACACCACUUCAACUUCUCAGUGACUGCCUACAACACCAGCCCCGAGACGGAUUCGGACAGGUUUGCAGAUGUUCUACAGGAGAGCUUGAUGGAAAUGUGCCAUAUUCUUGUCACAGCCCCUCCUGCUGCCAAACUAUAGAUUUAUAAUU